AUCCCAUCCCACCAUUAACUGGAAAUAAAAAAAAAAAUGGUAGCCAUUAAAAGCGUUAUCGUUCUCGUUCUUGUUCUUGUUCUUUGGUCGGCCAUUUUUGCUUACUCGGAUGAAGAAGUGAAAAAUUGGUGCAGCCAAACGCCAUAUCCAGCUCCAUGUGAGCAUUUUCUCACGGCAAAAAAAACCACCACAAAAAAAAACCGGCCAAUCGCUUCAAAAUCCCACUUCCUUAGAGUUCUGGUCGAAUCGGCCAUCGAGCGAGCCGUUUUGGCCCAAAAAAACGCCGUCGCUCUCGGCCCAAAGUGCCAAAACGACCGAGAAAAAUCUGCAUGGACCGACUGUGUCGAACUCUACGACCAAAUCAUUCACCGGCUCAACCGGACCGCCGACCGCUGCUCCCCGAUCGAUGUUCAGACCUGGCUCAGUGCUGCUCUCACAGCUCUCGACACGUGUCGGACUGGGUUUGAGGAGCUUGGGGUUUCGGCUUUCGGCUACCCUUUAACGGCUAAUAAUGUUUCGAAGCUGAUUAGUGAUGGGUUGUCGGUGAAUAAGCCGGCUUCGUCUGAGGGGUUUGAGCCGCCGAGUAUGAAUGAAGGGUUUCCGACGUGGGUUAAGCCGGGAGAAAGGAAGCUGUUGCAGUCGAGCGCUCCGAAUGCUAACGUGGUGGUGGCGAAGGAUGGGUCUGGGAGAUUUAGGACGGUGAGUGAGGCGGUCGCCGCCGCGAAGGGCGGAGGGAGGUUUGUGAUUUAUGUGAAGGCCGGGGUUUAUAGUGAGAAUGUUGAGAUUAAGGCUAAGAAUGUUAUGUUGAUCGGCGAUGGCAUCGGAAAAACUAUCAUCACCGGAAGUAGGAGCGUCGGCGGCGGUUCCACCACUUUUAAAUCCGCCACCGUUGGUAAUACCCCCUUUCUUUUUUAUUAUUUUUUUAUAAAUAAAAUCAUAAUUAAAAUGGGUUUAAUUGAGAUUUUAGUGAGGUUUAAGAAUUCUAAUUUUAAAAAAUGGGUUUAGAGUUUU